UAUGGGAGCAGAGUACCGAAACCUUGGCCCGCUUGCUUAAAGGCUUGUAGUUAGACUCGAACUAAAUAGACUCGUAUCAACAGGUCAACAGACUCGUAAUAAAUAGAUUCAUAGAUAAACUUGUAAUCAGACUUGUAUUGGACUUCAUCGACGUGUAGGCGAAUCAAACUCACAGGGAUGGGCUUGAUCAGUGACAAGCCAUACCCAGACUGGAGUUCUUCGCUUUACCCCUCGGAUAUGACGAAGCCACUUUGUACACAAUCGAGCGCGAAGCGAGAUCGAUUCUCAGUACACUGACUUUGGUGACAAUGGAUCCCUAUCAUGAUGUGAAGAAAGAAGUCGAAAGCAACCUCGAGCAGGUUCGAAAUCUGGCCGCCUCAUACCGGCGUCUACAACAGCGUAUCUCGGGAAUGAGCACAACGGGGCAGAGGAACAUCUUGCUAGAGGCACAUCAAGACUUGGAGAAACAGCUACAUAGCUUGUUGACAGAUGUCGAAGACCUCGAGGCUAGCGUGCUCGCUGUCGAACAGGCUGGGGAUCGAUGGAGUAUUGCUGAGCACGAGGUGAAGGCACGGAGACGGUUUCUUGAGACCGUGAAAGCGGAGGUACAAGCUAUCCAAGGAGAUUCUUCGACAGACGAGAGCCAGCCAAAUGACCCUCUACAGGCGUCACCAAGCAAUGGCGGAUACUCUCGAUUCGAAGAUAUAGAACUAGGUGGCAGUCCGAACAAGCUGAGGGGGUAUAGUGACGUAGCAGACGAGAGAAGGCGAACUUCAGAUGAAGUAGGCCAAUAUGAGAUGGAACAGCAGCAGAUGAUGAUACGGCAACAAGAUAGCACAAUAGGCGUCAUAUCCGGUACCAUCGCUACUCUGGCCGGGCAAGCGGGUCUGAUCGGAAGGGAGGUUUUGGAGCAGAAUGAAAUGUUGGAUGAUCUUUCUCUCCGGAUCGACGCCACGGACUCGAAGCUCACAGCAGCGAACAAACGGCUGAAAGCGUUUAUCAGGGCAAACGAAGAGACCAAGUCGACAUAUUGCAUCUUCAUCCUGAUCAUCAUACUCGUCAUCUUGCUGCUAUUGGUCAUCUUGACCUGAUAAGAUUCGGGUGUAAACCCAUGUGUAAAGGAAUGGCAAAAUAACCACAUAUACCCUCGCGCGCCUCUCCUAUCGGAAUCGUCACGUAUUAUAGGU